AUACUCUCACCCCUCUCUCCCUCACUCUCUCUUCCUCCUCCGAUUGCUUUCUUUCAGUUUCUGAUUUCAAUUCACCAAGACCUCUUGGAAAAUUCUCAUGCUAUGUAAUAUCUUUGCAGGGUUAUUUGAAGAAUCUGAAAGGUACUAGCUAGCUAGCUAGUACUUCUACACUGUGAGGUAGCAUCAUGAGGAAGCGCCAAGUAGUUGUGAGAAGAGAGGAGCCUCAAAGGAGCGCUAGGACGGUGAAAUACGGCGAGUGCCAGAAGAAUCACGCCGCGAAUGUGGGAGGGUAUGCUGUUGAUGGCUGCAGGGAGUUCAUGGCGAGUGGCGCCACCGGAGAAGGAACAAGUGCUGCUCUCACUUGUGCCGCCUGUGGUUGCCACAGGAACUUCCACAAGAGACAGGAAACCGAAGUGGUGAGUGAGUGCUCCUCGCCUACCUCCAAUGGAACUUAAUCAGAGCUAGCUUCGUCAUAAUGUUUAUACCUCAACAAUUAUGCUGCUACACUCCAUAUCAUAUCCCUUGUAAUAUAUUUUGUGGAAUUUGCUUUUGCUUGUUAUUAAUUAAGAAUUGGGGUUUUAAUUAAUUAAGCAUACUACUGAACUAGUAUGAAUGAAUAUUCUAGAAUUGUUAUAUAUAGUAAUUCUAGAGUGGUAAUGUAUGGUGAUGAUUUUGAGGUUGAUGUGUGUAAAGAGAAAAAGGGCAAUCACAAGUUGUUUUUGUGAUGAUGAGUGUGCAAAGUUUUGACCAUCUUCUCUUCUUACAUGUUUGGUUUAAUUAACUUGUUUUGAAGAAAUAAUUGCUUGUUUUUUUUGUAAAAAGAAAAAUUAAUUAUUUCUGAGAAAUAGUGUUUCCAAACAUGUAAGUAAUUACUCGGUUAAACUAGGCUUUUAUUGUUGCUUUGUUUAUUUAUGAGCUUAUGUAUGUAAGUUGUGUUAUGGAUUUUGCUUUGUAGCUACACAAUGUAGCAAUUGUGAUCAGUUUGAAAUUUGAUGAGGAAAAUUGGUAUUGGUUUU